CAAAACGAUUUGGAAAUUAUACUCUUGAAUUAUUAAAAUCUAGAUCACAAAAUUAUUAUUCAAAAGAGGAUCGUAUUAGUAUAAAAGCUAUAGAUUAUUCUGUUAAUAACUAUAACUUUCAUAUUGAUUUUGGAAAAGAAGAUUUGAUUAAGACAAAACACCAUCAAUUAGCUGUU